UCGUACCGUUGCCUUUGCCUGCUUCAGCCAACCCCGCUUACUUCUCGGAGUUCGGCCGCGAAGUUCGCGGUGUUGAUCCUGGUAACAUAGACACAGAAACGUUCAAGGAAAUUGAAGAGCUUCUAUACAAGCAUUCCGUUCUUCUCUUCAAAAAUGCCAGACUUACUCCCGAACAGCAGUAUGCUCUAACGAAGGUAAGGCCUUCGAUCCAACGUGCGAGAGUUAUGGACAUGGGAACAACAAGACAGGAAAUAACAUGAGAUCGAUAUUGCAUCCUGACCUGAAGACAAUCCCUCGUAUUCCCCAAGUGCAGCUCAUUGGGAAUGGGACUGUAUACAACCACGAGGGGCUCGCCGAGGCGAAACUUAAGCAUCCUCAUCAUAAAACGUUCCAUAAAACCCGCAUACCUGAAGAAGAUGACCUCAAAUUCACUCGUUUCUAUCGCUGGCACAUCGAUGCAGCCCUUUACGAUCUCUCUCCUCCCCGGGUGACGACGCUUUACGGCCUCACUGUACCAAAAGGCCCGCGUCAGACUGUCCGCUAUGACGAUGGAACCGGAGAUGAAUUGGACGUUCCUCUCGGAACGACGGCCUUCAUUUCGACUCGGACCACGUUCAAUCUUCUCUCACCCGAGGAAAAGUCUCUCGCUGUUCGAACCAAAGUGCGUUAUGCCCCGCAUCCAUACGUCUGGAUGGCGCCUGCACACAGUCGUUCUACCGGCUUGGGAAUCGAAACUGAGGGGCUUGAGCUUCCGCUUAGCGAGUUACCAAAAUGGGAAGAGAGCAAAGUCAAGACUUUCCCUGUGGUUUGGAAGAAUCCACGGACUAGCGAUCUUCAUGUCCAGGUUCAUCCUAGUGCUAUCCAGGAGCUCAUUAUCGACCCUAUUCCCGCAGCGAAGCAAGCCUCUGCGGGUUCUAGCGUGCUGUAUCCAGAGGGUGCACAUUUGAAGGAUCUGAAGGAAGUACGAGACCUCGUCUAUCGAAUCCAACGCCCCACCAUCUCACCUCAAUUCGUUUAUCCCCAUGAUUGGUAAGUACUAUUGAGUAUCAAUUAGAAUAUUCACUGCACGUACGACUUUGACACCAAGGGAGGAGAACGACCUUGUAUUGUUCCAUAAUCGUGGACUGAUUCACACCGUCGUUGGCGCGUUCCGCGAUGACCAAGUCAGGAAGUUCCACCAGUGCAACCUCGCUGGUUCCGAUGAUCCUGUCGGACCUGGCCCUGGG